CUUGCAACUUGUGGUUUUGAGUGAGUGGCUGCAGGACAGGCAUUGAACCACUGCGCCACCAGGGCUCCUUGUGAGCACAUCUGUCGUCUCUUCUUACCCUCACUUACCAAAGCAAGUGAAGGCGUCCACUGAAGGUAGCCAGGUCCUCUUCUUUCUUCUCCACUUCUCAUAUCGGCUUCUCAUUUCUGCUUUCAUAAAACUCCUUCCUUGCCUCCUUUCUUUGAUUUUCCAUCCACCGUGUUGACUUUGAAGGUGUUAGCUGAAGGUUUUUUAGCACAUUUUGGAGACCAGGAAGUCUGUUAGAAGUCUGAGGAUUUCCUCAGCAUCCAGAACUUGGGUUCGUCUUUCCCCACUUGUUUGGUAGUGUGUGUUUCAUGUGCAUUGUGUGUAUUUUGGGUUUGGGGAGAGGACAGAGAUAGGUUGCAUGUGUCUCUGUGACUUUGCCUUGGCGUGGACUGGCUUGGAAAUGCAUUUAACCUGCAGUAUUUGCCAAAGGUUGAAUCUUGAGGAAAGUUGAAGUCGAGGCGGUCGUGGUGGCACCUGUUCACCUCCCUACUGCUUUAGGGCUUAAAUUUGGUCUGUUUUGGGGUUUUGAUGACAGCGAUAAUAACAACUCCUUCUUGUUUGCUACCAGCAAGAUACUGCAGGCUUAAAUGCCUUACAUGAUCACCCAGUGGUGUAAUGUGUGAACGCUCCCAACGGCAUUUGGGCCGUCGCGCCGAUAACGCCAUUGCUUCCCUCGCGCGGUUCUCUUGCAAGCCCACCUCAUGCAUGGAAAACCCUUCGCUCUGAGGGUUGCUGCUACCCUCAGGAAGGCUGGCGUUUCUCCCGCACCCACAACGCCAUCCUGGGGCCCUUUGGGGAGCUGAUGACGGAGGAUGACAUCCUCUACCUGGAGAAGCAGAUCCAGAACCUCCAAGUGAUGCACAAGGUCCAGAAAGUGGAGACGGAGCUGGAGCAGCUGGAGCAUGAGUUGCAGGAGCUCCUGCCGGUCUCGGCUGCCUUGGCCAAAGAGCACUUCACCGUCAACCCCAAGCGCCUCCAGGGCAAGGAGGACGACCUGCCAGCCUGGUGCAGCAAGAUCUCCAUCCUCCUGAAGAGCAUGGCCAUCCUCCUGGCCACCUUGGGGGGGAAGGCGGUCAGGGUGGCUGACAUGGUGACCCCGGAUUCCCUGGAGAAGACAGGUCAGGCUGGGGAGGCCCCUGAGGCAACAGCACCCCCUGCCCCCACCAAAGUUGGCCCAAUUGGCAUUGCCCGAUCUCAGUCCUUCAGCUGCACCCGGGAGGAGAUAGAGAAGGAGAUCUCUCAGUGCGGGGUCUCCGUGAAGAACCUCAAGGCCAACUACGAGCUCCACUUGCGGUCCCAGCAGUCGGCCACUGACCCCUCUGCACGCGUGUACAAGAGGAAGCGGUCCUUGCCCGUGGGGACAGCCCAGUUCACUUUUGGGAGGGAGCCCAUCCUGGAAGAAGACUACAUCUCGGGCCUCGAGCCGUUCGGGUCCCUCGUGGAAGGGGGCCUCCCCACCAUCCCACACAGCCCACUGCUUUAUGGGGAGGAAGGGGCCCUUUUCCCUGGGCAGGAGGAGGUCCAGUGUGAGGAGGAAGGAGAGCCUUCUUCUGGGGAGGCUUCCUUCAGCCCCGACCACUUGACCCGCAGCCUCCCCGUCCAGACAGAGCUCAGCUGCAUCCAAGACUACAUUGACAUGCGCAAGGAGAGGAUUGUCUACCUCUUCAUGGAGCACUGGAAGAAGUGGACCUUCACGGAGUCUGUCCGCCAAGCCGGGCCACGGAAGAGGUCCGUGGAGGCUCCCACAGACUCCAACUCAAAUCAGGACCGGGAGGCAUAUGAUGGUCCGGCAGGAAAGGAGCCCAGUGAGGAUGACAGGCUCUUGUACUUCAUGAAGCAGAGGCAAGUGGUGGGCAAGCUGAUCGCCCACUGGCGGAGCAUCAUCAGCCAGGUGCCCACCCGACAGAUCCGCCGCCUGAGUCGGGGCAACAUGCUCUACUGGCCGGAGCAAUUCUUGCCCCGCAUCAGCGGCACGCCGGUGGCCUACGACAGCCUGACCCUUGACCUCUUCAUGCUGGGCUACUUCCAGCUGCUGGAGAUGAGCAUGAGCCGCGAGGAGAGGAAGUUCCGCCAUUUGCUCUGCUAUGAGAUGUUUGACCGACUGGGCAGCCACAGCUGGGAGCUGAUCCGCCGCUUCCACCGGGUCGUGAUGGAGGAGAUCGAGGCUGGGAAGCGGGACUGGCUGGAUGGCUUUGAGGACCUCAAGCAGGACUUCUUCGGGGACAGCCUCCUGCAGGCGGAAACAGAGGCAACUCUGGAGGUGCCGGGCGAACCUCCGGGGUCUUCUCCCAUCCUCUCCCGCCAGGAAUCCUCUCAGACUUUGGUCAGUGUCAGCAUCCGAGAACCCAGCCCACUGCCACCGGCGGAGGAAGAGGAGGAGGAACGGGCCACCAACCCAGCUCCGAAAAGCCGGAAGGGUUCGGUCCAACUGGUUUCAGAGCUGGGGGAGUUCAGCAACGAAGACAUCUGCUGCUACAUAGACCGUAGCUUCUCCUUCUGGAAGGAGAAGGAGGCAGAGAUGUUUGAUAUCUGAAGGCGUUGCUUCCUGGGUGGGCAGAGAGGCCUUCGGGAGAGGCCAGGCCCUGAAUCCGCAGUCCGACUCGGCCGAGACCCUUCCACCUCCUGGGUCUUGGUAGUAAUCCAGAGCAGCAACUUCUUUAUGGAAGCUGGCAUAGGAGCAGGGCAGGUGAGAGGAGAGGAGAAGACAUCGUUGCCCUCCGCUGAGGCUUUUGCUUGCCUUGGCAGGAAGGACAAGAGGCAGCCACUGCGCUCCACACAGGAGAGUCUGCUCCCCAUCAUAGGAACGGAUGGAAAUUUGGGCUCACCCAGGGAACGGACCGGCAGGAGGCGUCUGAUGCAACAAAUGGAACAACGUCUUAAUACCACACACUUUCGUUACAUGGUGGGAUUUGCUGCCAUAACAUUGAGGGCGGCAGCUGCUGUUUUCUGCAGAAGCAGAGACAAGUUUGCAGAGGGAGGAGAAUUCUGGCAUCCUCUGCAAACCAUGACUUGAAUGUCUAUUCUUUGUGGAGAUCUGGGAAUAUGGGAUGCUACGUGACCACUAGGGAAGGCUCUCCUUGUCACGGGAGAGUAAACCCUGUAAGAAGAAGACCUGGGCCUAAAAAGGCCUUUGGACUCAUCUUAUAGGAUUGUCCCUCUGGUCGUCUCAUCUUGGGAAAGUUUGCUUUUUUGAUUUCCCAGCAUCUUUUGCCUUAGUCCUUCCAACCCUGGGGAUACAUGUGGCCCCCAAAACUUCUGAAUCUGGCCCCUCUUGGGCUCAAAGAAGUUCCCAUCUCUUGCUUUAGGAUCUUCCUUGGAAGAAUUAUUAGAUGUGGCGCUGGAGCAUUUCUGGACCGAAUCCUAUUGUUGACGCAACUAGAAUAGACCUAAGGAAUCAAUGGGACUGAUCUGCUCAGCGUUCAAGAAUUGAUUCAGAGGGUUUAUUCUUUUGGGGGGGAAAGCAAUAGGAUUCAGGACUCCAUGCAUCCUCACACCUACAAACACACACACACAUACACACACACACCAGCAGCGAUAAACUAAUAUGGAUUUGGUUAUGUAAUCUUGAACAGGGAUUGAUAAGCAAAUCUUUUGCUGCAGGACAGGGAAACACAGCAAAGUGUGAACUUAUGACAUCAGAACUUUAAAGCGCUUUGCAGAUUUAAAACAAACAAACCAACCUACUGUAGAAAUAAUUAGCAAUGAUUAUAAUAAUCAUUGUAAACCUUCUGUGGGUUUGCUUUUAAAACCCUGUUGUAUAAUCUGGCGGCGGAGGGUUGCAUUGAGGUCAGGGAGAACUGGAAGCCCCUUGACUCUGGGAUUUCUCUGCAAUCCCAGAAGCACCUGGGCCUGGCCCUAAGUCUCCAGUUUCAUAAAUUGUCUCCAGGUUAAGGGUGCAAAUUCUCCACCUUUGAGGAACUCAGCUCCAGAAGAGAGGAGAGGACUGUGUACAAAUCUAAGCCCUGCAACAAUUUGCGAGGCUUAAUUGAUUCAUUGCUGCAACAGACUUACCAGGAGGGCUCUAUGUAUUUACUUGGUUAGUUUAUUGCUUCCCAUCAAGUCAUUGCAGUGCUAGGGCUCACUUUCCAUUCUGCAUCUAUCAUCUGGCUGGAACCAAGGAGGCUAGAUUAAAUGUUUCUCAUUCCAUCUCCUUAAGUGGGCGCUAAAGAAUAAUCCUCUCAUUUCACCUUAAGAUUUAAUGUCCAAAUAGGAACAUGUAUUUUUUUGUGUGUGUAUGUAUGAAUGAUAAGCGGUGAGUACUUUGUGCAUCCUUGAUCUCAGGAAACCUUUGGCUGGCAAACCCUAGAGAGUGACUUUUUAAAAAAUGGAAACCUUGGCAGAGGCUGAGGUCCGUGGAAGAUGCGAGACCCCAAAACCCCUGCCCUAAAAUCGCAAUGUCUAGCUGCUGCAAGUCGUGCGCAUUGUUGAUGUGAAACACUAACAAAACUCAACCGCCUCCCAGAAGAAAUGAGAGAAGGUACCCAUCAGACAAGGGAUGGACAAGUUGGGGAUCUUUUGGUUGCUGUUGGGCUGCAACUUCCAGCAUUCUUCACCGCUGGCUAAGGUCUUCUGGGAGCUGCAGUCCAAGAGCCUCCAGAGGACAUCAAACAAUCAGGACAAAGAGUAUGGCCAGGCAACAAGACAGCAAAAGUCAACAACAACAACAACAACAACAACAACAAUAUACCAAAUGUACUAUUUUAAGCAGAAAAAAAUCCUAGAGUGUAUUUACAGGGUGAGCUUCUCUUAUUCAAAAUGCUUGGCAGCAGACAUGUUUUGGGUUUUGGAACGCCUCUAUUUGCAUUUAGGUCCAUAAUGACAGUUAUCUUGGAGAUGGAAUCCGAGUCUGAACACAAAAAUUCAUUUACGUUUCAUAUACGUCUCAUACACAUGGUAAUUUCAUAACAGUGUUUGAAACAGUUUUCUGCAUGAAACAAGGUUUGGGUACGUAGAACCAUCGGGAAAAGCCUUGGCUUUUGGAAUAUUUUCAGAUUUUGGCAUCCUGGAAAAGGGAGACUCAGCCUGUACUGAGUUUAGGAAGGGCAAGAAUCUGCUUCCUCUUCUCCUGGGUUUACUGAAUGCAAACUCCUUUUGCAAUUUGAACUCAAUUUGCAGCAAAGAGAGAAAGAAGGAGGGGGAGAGACAAAUCAGGACAUUUUAAGAGCGGCUGAGAAAGUGGGACUACACAGGACUAACCAAGACAGUCCUUGCCAAACUGAGAUAUUUGGAGGGUGUGGAAGGAGUGGGUGAACCCUACAACAGACCCACAAAAACGAUGGGAUUUACCCAUCAUUCAUUUGGCUCAGUGGAACUACUUUAGUUGGGACUCACCUCUAAGCAUCAAGGCCAGUAUGCCACCAGUGAGGACACCAAACUGACUGGUCUCUCCUGGGAGACACUGCUUUAUACCAGCGGUGGCCAGAGAAAAGUCCGCCGAAGGGGACCCCAGUUAUUGUCCAGGGGUAGUUGCAUGAUUUAAACUAAAUAGUCUGAGUCCAGAUGUGGUUUGGGAAGAGGGUUUUAACCCUUUGCCCUGAUGCCAUUCUAGUCCAAACCAGGCUGCCCCCGUCUCUGCAAAACAGAGACACGGUUCCUAAUUGCAGGGAUAAUUGCCGGGGUUUGCCAUGUUAGAUCCGUAGGGAGAGGUGGGAUAUUAAUAAAUUAUUAUUAUUAUUAUUAUUAUUAUUAUUAUUAUUAUUAUUAUUAUUUUAGUUGAGAUGUCUAGUGAAUCUGCCUCACUGAGAAGUAUUGUUAAGGAAAGACUACUCCAAAGGUCCUAUCCUGGGAGAGGAUAUUUGUCUCGUGUCCUUUCUUUUUCAAGAUUGUGGGGCAUGAGAAAAAGUACCAUUUUUGUCACACAAACACAAAUAUAAGACAGGUAUUUGUGCAAUCAAAACCCUAACAGGACCCAGCCAUCUCAUUCUGAUUAUUUGAUCCCAAACUGUAUCUGGAGAGGAGUCUUCUCCGAUUAUUCCUGUGUGUUUACUGAGUUGUUUGUUCAAGUUAUUGCCCCUUUUGUGUUUUUCUCUGGUGAUGGAGUUAAGAAAUAAAGUGUGCCUACUGUGCAAAGGGCAUUGGACAUUUUAUUAUUGUUGUUCUUGGUGGAAAGAAACCUAGGGCCUGUUCGACUUCUUCCAGCCUUGCUUGUGUGUCAAGGCUGUCCUGAAUUUGUAAGACCUGGUUUGGAGAUUUCUCAUUCAUAAGGUCUUUAAAAAGUAGAGAAUAGUGAGGAGACAAGCUCCACUUGUUCUAAGAUGGUUGACUGUUUAUUCCUUUUGAAAUAGCCCAAUGUGUUUUGGACUGGGCAAGAAAAGGGACUUCAUGGGGAUUAAACACGAACACAAAUAUAAGACAGGUAUUAAAAAGACAAGAUUACAUGAAAUUAACGCUGCCCCAUGAGAUCAGAUAGGCAUGCAAUUUUUUUUGUAUUGGAAACAUGCACUAGAGUUGUGAACAUGCUCCAAAAGACAGGGCCCUUGGAUAUUAAAAGGUGGACAGUACUGUUUCCCAAACCUUGGUCCUCCAAGUGUUUUGGACUUCAACUCCCAGAAGCCCUGGUCAGUUUGGCAAACAAUCAGGAAUUCUGAGAGCUGAAGUCCAAAAUAUCUGGAGGGACAAAGUCUGGGGGAAACGCUGGUCUACAGUAAUUUUGAUAUAUUUUAGCUUCUGAAUCACUGAGCGAUGGCAGUUCCUAGUGGAAAAACUCAGCCUGACUUACACUUAGUGGACAUCCAGGGUUUCAGGCAUGAGAUCCUAGAGAUGCCUGGGACUGAACCUGGUGCCUUCUGCAUACAAAGCAAGGGCCACAGACGUUUCCCUAUCAAACCCGCCCGAUGCCCCCAGACCCCAAAGUCCAGGUCUUGCCACUGGACCCACCUUUGCAUUUGAAUCACGCUGUCGCCUGCCAUGACCUGGGCUGCUUCUCUCCCUCCCCUCCUGGGCCCUUGAUCCUUUCAGGGCUAAACCUCUUGGGAAUUCAGGGCCGGCUUCCAGUGGAAGCCUCCUCCUAAGCCGCCCCGUGCUUCUUGGGCUCCCCUCCACCUAAGCUCCUUGCCCCCGUUGAGGAUCUGCCAGCCGUCCUUCUUCAGAAAAGCAAGUGGCCAGGGCGGUCAUCCAAGGACGCCACAGUGUACAACGGUCAUAUGGCAGAACAGCGUUGUUGGCUGAUCCCAUUGGAGCAGCUUCUGUCCAGAGGCCUGCCUUCUCUGAGUCAAAGAAGAAAACAAAAGCGGACAUGCAAGUCCUUUUGAACAAAGCCAGAGUUGGAAAAUCCGCAGGCGGGUGAGGACUUUGAGCAAACUGACUUCUUUUGGGGGAAAGAAAAUAUCCCAGGGGUGUGUGCAAGAUUCCAGAUUUUGCAGAAAUCUUGGGCAAUCUAAACCGGGGGUGAUUCUAUGAGUAAAGUGUGGUCUUUAGAUGGCAUGCACCCCCUUGGCUAUGUUUGCAAAGAUGCUAAGACAGACUGCUAGUGAAUUGUAAUGAAGGGGAACAUGAUACCAUCAAUGCACUUUGCUGCCUGAUGCACAUUGGAACUGAUGCGUUGUGCAUUGGUCCCAUUGUGCAUCAUUCCCUUUGCCAGCUCGACUCACAAGCCCUCUGCCAGAGCAGACAUUGUGCAUCUUCACACUUCUAAUUCCCACACAUGUAAGUCCAGUUAUGUGAACGCAACUCCUGUCCAAGAUUCCAGACACAGUGGUUAUCAUUAAUGGCCAGAAUCCUGUUAUCGACUGCUUAGUUAAUAUACUUAGUAAUGUGAAGCCGAAGGCUUUCCUGGCUGGCAUCCAUAGUUUUUUGUGGGGUUUUCGGGCUAAGUAGAACAUGGCCACAUAGCCUGAAAAACCCUAAAAAAUCCCCUAGACUUAGUUCCUUAGUGAAGUAUACUUAUAACUAAGUCACUUCUCCUGUCUCAGCUUCUCCUAAACCUGAUGGAAACAUCUUCCAUUGACUGGCAGAACGGACCUCCUCCUCCCUAUGCAUCUAAUGCCCAGGAAAGUAGGUUGGCGAGGAUGUUACAAUCCUGUCACAACUGUGAAGAAGUGGCAGCCAUGUACAUGUUGUUGUUGUUGUUGUUUUGUACCUUCAGGUUGUUUCAAAUUUAUGGUGACCCAACCUAAGGCAAACCUAUCAUGGGGUUUUCUUGGCAAGAUUCAUUCAUACAGAUGAGUAAAGCCAGGUAACCAUUCUGGAUUCAUGGCUGCUACUUAGUCAUGAUUGUGCGAUGGUUGUAACUCCUACACAGGCCUCAGCUGCAUUAAAAACCCAUGUAUGUGUGCAUUUUGGCAAAAGCAAAUGAAGCCUCCAAGUCUUGACUUGGAGCUGGUGCCAACUGGGGAAGGUAUUCCAUAAGGGAGAUGCCAACGCAGAGUAGGCCCUGCUCUUGCACCAGCCUCAGAGUGUCCCAGCCAUUGCAUCCUCCUAGACCCAAAUAUUCUGGAAAGAGUUUAGUCUCCCCUGCAAUCUCCCUUUCCAUGGAGACUUUUACUGCUGGAUCUAGAAACCUGGCACAGGUGCCUUCCUCCUUCCGCUUCCUUCAGCGCCUGACUUGUGUCCUUCUGCCGCUUCUUCCUCCAAGGGCUGAAGCGGAAAGAAAAGCCU